AUUUUAUCCACAAGAAAAACCCCCAAAAAACUAUAGAGAUGAUCGAAUUAAAUACGGCUAUUUCGACCAAAAAAAAAUAAAAUAAAUAAAUACGGCUAAGGGUGAAAAUUUAGAAAUUGAAAUUAACAUACACCUAUUUUGCAAUUUCAAGGAUUUUAGGGGGAGGACUCGUAAGUGUAAAUUCGUCGGCCCACGCUUUUUCGUAAUUUCAACUCAGCAUCUCGGCUCCGACGCCGUUGAUAGAUUCCCAAUCGUCGAACAUGUUGCUCGCUGUCUUGAUCGCCAACUCCGAGGGCAACAUCCUCGUUGAACGUUUCAAUGGAGUCCCAGCAGAGGAGCGUUUACAUUGGCGAUCCUUUCUAGUGAAGCUUGGAGCAGAUAAUCUUAAGGGUGUGAAAAAUGAAGAGCUUCUUGUCGCGUCCCACAAAUCAGUGUAUAUUGUGUACACUGUACUGGGUGAUGUCAGCAUUUUUGUCGUUGGCAAGGACGAUUAUGAUGAACUUGCAUUGUCAGAAGCAAUCUUUGUGAUAACAUCUGCUGUGAAGGAUGUCUGUGGAAAAAUACCCACUGAGCGCCUUUUCCUUGACAAGUAUGGGAAGAUUUGCUUGUGCCUGGAUGAAAUUGUAUGGAAGGUAAAAUUUCCAAAACUCAAGGCCAAUUUCUUUGUUCUUCAACAGGAAACGGUUGAAUGUACACUCCAUCCAUCUUAUCAACUUGGCAUCCUUCUUCUGUUUUACAAUUGUUCAAUUGCUGCAAUUUAUUUUGUUGUUCUGCCAAUUAUCAGUUCUGUGCAAUUGAUUUUUACAACUCAAAUUAUUCGUGUAUGUUUUCCGUGCAUUAAUCUUGUGUUUGAGCGUCAUCUUUUUGUUUACUUUUGUGUACCAAAACAAGAGCCAAAAACUGGAGUUUCUGAAGUCACUUUUUAGUAUGUGUUAUGGCUUCACUUGUGCUGAAUCAGUGUACCUCUAUUUAUGCUUAGUUCUUUGCCUGACUCAUCCUCCAUACGAGCAUGCCAUGAGGCUUACUACAUUACUGUUGCUCUCCUGUUUUGUAGGGAUUGCUAGAGAACACAGACAAAGAUAGAAUAAAGAGACUUAUAAGGUUGAAACCGCCUACCGAUUUCUGAGUGCGGAUCCUAUAAUUGUGCAAUCUAAUUGAAGAAGAGAUACUCUAAGCUGCAUUUUGAACGUAAUGGUAUCAUCUCAUAUCCGUCCCUGUAGACUUCCUGCUCACAUGUGACUAGUAUGUCUUAGUUUGAUCUGAUUGUUAUACCCCAUCGGCCAUGGAACCCUAAUUUUACUGGUUGCUGUUUUACGUUGUCCUUUUCCUUUUAAGGCUGUACUGUAUUGAUAUGCAGAGUUUCUAGUAGUUCGAGUUUGAAUAGGCAUGUAGGGCAGGAAGAAUGCAUCAUUUGAUAGUCCUGAUGGAAUGGUGUGGAGGGAGUUUCUUUUGGUAUUCUUUAUCAUCAUGAUAUGAACUUGUAAAGUUGGUGAAAUGUUCUGUAUUAUACAGUUGAAUACUUGAAUUUAUGAACCACAAUGGUGGAUGUUUUUUGAACUCAAAACAUCUUAAUUAGGUUGCAAAUGUAACUAGCUGGACUUGAACUUUGGGACGGAUUAUGUACCCCUGGCCCCUGGGCUAGUCCAUUACGAAUAUAAUGAAACUGAGCUGUAACAGUUCCGCUAACCCAACCCACAAAGGUAAAGAGUGGUAGGUAGUAGAGCACGUGUAACAUGUUAUUGGACUUGCGUGGUCGCAAUGCAGUAUGUUUCUCUUCUUAUCAGC